CCUGCACAGUUUGGAGAACAGGUUUAGUUCUCUGAGGUCCACAAACUCACAUUGGUUAAGCACUACUGAUCCUGUGUUUGCAGUUCUGGAAGCUACGGACACAAUGCUGCCAAAAUUUCACAAGUGGCUACCUCUUCUAUUUUUCUUCUUUUCAACUUGUACUGCAACUUUUGCCACGCGUGAAAACUGCUGUAUCUUGGAUGAACGAUUCGGAAACUUUUGUCCUACAACAUGCGGCGUUGCAGAUUUCAUAACUAGAUAUCAUUCGGAUGUCAACCGAGAUCUUCAGAACCUUGAACGAUUGUUGGGAGACAUUUCCAAUUCUUCGGGAGUAACUGACAAUUUGAUACGCCAUAUCCGACAAGUGCACGUCUCACAGCCAGCAGCUCAGUCAAAUGUGAUUCCAGGUUAUACACAGAAGUCCAGACAAAUCAUUGAUGAAAUUGUCAGAUAUGAAAACAUCAUUGUGGGACAUGAAAAUACCAUACAGCAAUUGACAGACAUACUGAUAUUAAACAAUAACAAGAUUCAGUUACUAAAGCAGAAAACUGCUCAGCUAGAGGCACAAUGUCAACAGCCAUGUAAAGACACUGUCCAGAUACAAGAAUUAACUGGAAGAGAUUGUCAAGACAUCGCUAAUAAAGGCGCACGGCAGAGUGGGCUGUACUUCAUAAAACCCCUGAAAGCCAAACAACAGUUCCUGGUGUACUGUGAAAUCGAUAAUCUGGGCAAUGGGUGGACAGUUUUACAGAGGAGGCUCGAUGGCAGUGAAGACUUUAACAAAAACUGGAUUCAAUAUAAGGAAGGUUUUGGACAUUUGUCACCCAAUGACAACACAGAAUUCUGGUUGGGAAAUGAAAAAAUUCAUUUAAUAACUACUCAGACUACAGUUCCAUAUGCCUUGAGAAUAGAGUUGGAGGACUGGAGUCACCAAAAAAGCUAUGCAGAUUAUGCCCAUUUCAAAUUGGGAAACGAAGCUGACAAAUUCCGUUUGACCUAUGCCUUCUUUGUUGGCGGUGAAGCUGGCGAUGCCUUCGAUGGGUUUGAUUUUGAAGAAGAUCCCAGUGACAAAUUCUUUACUUCUCACAACGGCAUACAGUUUAGCACACACGACAACGAUAACGAUAAAUAUGAAGGCAACUGUGCUCAGCAAGAUGGAUCUGGCUGGUGGAUGAAUAGAUGUCAUGCUGCCCAUCUGAAUGGCAAAUAUUAUCAAGGAGGCGUUUAUAGUGAGAAAGAUGCCGGUCCAAAUGGCUUUGACAAUGGCAUUACAUGGGUAACUUGGCGUAAUCGGUGGUACUCCCUGAAGAAAACAGCUAUGAAAAUCAUUCCUUUCAGCAGACUUUCAAUUGUAACAGGGCAACAAGGUGGAGGAAUAAAAGAUUUUGAAGUUGGAAACCGUGGAGACAUUUAGAAAACCUGCCUAUGUAAAGGCAACAAUGAACAUCAACCCUAUUUUUACAUUGUUUACAAUAAAACUGCAGGUUCAUGACAAAAAGUGCUUUUUUAAAUUAAAAAAAUUGUCUUCAGUUUUCUGAUAAACAUAUAUGACAAUCACGGAUCAUGUAAGCUCUGGGAGUGUUCACUACUUUAAUUGGAUUUUAAAGCACAUGCUAAAAUUAUUGUGAUGGGUUUAACAUUUAGUCAUAGUUAGAGGACAUCAGUUUAAAUCAACAACCUUUACAUAUGUCAUGACUAAUUUAAAUCUCACUGAUAUCAUUACUUGGUUCCCACAAUGAGCUACGUCACACCAUAUUUAAUAAUGUCCAUCAUCAAUUGGAUUAUGUUGGCUGGAUAUAUGUUGGCUGAAAUUUAUAGGUUAUCAAUCAUUGGUUAACAAACUACAGCAGCUAACUGCACAAGAGCCAAAGCCAACUAAAUUAGUUUAUAACUUAGACUAAAAUUUGCACCUAGCCAUUUAAACUUCUAAUAACUUUGUCCCAGUCAAAUUAUGAGGAUAAUUGAGUUCUACUGCUAAUCUGGCUUCAUUUAGUGUAAUUUUUUGUACACACUAAAGACAUUUAAAUAAGGAAUGUGGUUAGUGUCGACUGAGGAUGUCAGAUAAAUAAACAAAGAUCUUCAUGGAAUCCUAUUUACAGACAUUAAAAAUCCAAUAUUUUUCAAGUAUAGGUGUUCAUUUUCAUUUUUACUGCAAGUUAGAAAUACUUUAAAAAAAUAAGAUGGAAGUGAAGGCAAACUCAGUUCAGACAAUAUUUUCUUUAUUACUGGAAUAAAAUACAUUAAUAAUUCAUUUCUUGCACACAUUGCAUAAAUAUAUGUGUGUACAGUUAAGUAGACUGUACAUUAAAUUUUGGAAAAGUGAGUAGCUAAAUGGUGUAGUUGAAAAAUCUGAACCCUGAUGUUUUCUGCAUUGUGUCUCACAAUAUUUAUGUUAUUGUGAUUUCCAUGUGUGAGUAAAUUUCCUACAAAUGCAGAACUGUACUAUAUAUCCACUAUCAUUUCUAAUCACUUUGCAGUGUGUCUUAUAUGAAUCAGCUUAAUGUGUUGCGAAUAAUGGCUAAUAAUUGCUAUUCACCUACCAUUAAAAACACAGCAACAUUAGUUUUGCUUAUUCUAUUAAAGAUGGACAACUCAAUGUAAAAUGUAAACUGAUGUGUAAAUAAAACUUCCAGACAUGUCAAUCUGA